GGGAGGUUUGAAAGCUGCUCCGUCGAGCGGAUGAACCGUCACCGGAUCUUAUGAACGUGUUCCGGGAUCGAACCCUCCUCCGCUGCGGGACCAUGAGCCCCGGGCCCGGGCUGGCAGGCGGCCGGCCCGCACGGAGCUCCAGCCGGCUGAGGCGGAGCUGCCGAGCCGCUCAGAGAGCAGCGGAUCCCGGGUCGGAUCCCUCGCGCACUCCCGAUCUGAAGACGCCGACCAGAAGCUGCAGGUCCGGAGGAUCUCCUCACAACGAGUCCGACCUCCAGCAGGACAUCAUCUGGGACGCCACGUCUCCAUCUCCCAGCAGACUCAGUAAACGAGGGAGAAGACCUCCUGGAGGCGUGAACAUCUCAGACAUCGUCAGCAGGAUCGCUCCAGAGCGCGGCAGACCAGAGGUCACCGAGCCGCGGCUGCAGCAGUGGAUCGGAGACAGCGCCAUCAUCCCCUGCACCCCCGAGGUUCAAGUCCCCAAACACAAGAAGAAGUCCCCGAGGUCCAACGGCGUGGACGAGCUGCUGAAGUUGGCCAAACAGUUUGACUUCAACAUGUUCCGUCAGGACGAAGAAGAAGUGGAGGACCUGCACCAGCAGAGUCUGGAGCUCCUGUCUGAGGACCUCUUGGACUUUGAGGACGACGACCAGGAGGAUUUGAAACCUUUGCUUCACAGACACGUUCUCCUGGACCAGCACACGGAGCACGAUGUGGAUCAGCUGUCGCCUGCUCAGACGUCACAAGUUGAACCUGCUCACGUUUUAUCUUCCAAAGAGGCUUCUGGGAAAUCUGCGGCCGUUUCCCCCACGGACGGUCACGGGGGGGCAGCGCGCGAUGAGUUCGAGGACGACUGGGAAAACGACGACUUGUUAAUUGAUUCACUGGUUUUGGAGAUGACAGAAAAUCCACAGAAGUUCACGGAUCCGAUUCACAGCUCAACACAGAGAGCGAACCCUCACGUCUCUGUGAAGAGGAUCCAGACGGGGACAGACUCCAAACCAGCAGGCGAGGACGCUCGGAGACGGUUUCCCUGUUGGUCAGAUCAGUCUCAGUCUCAGUCUCUCGGACAAACGUCAAACUCAGAACCACAGAAGUCCUGGUUUGACCCGAGUGUUUUCAGCUCGUCGGCCUCGAACGCAGCUCCGAGAACAACCGCUCCGAGUCUCCAGAAGAAACCCGCCGUGCUGUCGUCCCUCGUGGCGCCCGCGGGCGUCUCGGACGUCCUGGACGAGGACCUGGACGAGGACCUGGACGCCUUCUUCUUAUCCGACCCGGUUUGGGACGAUCCGGCUGACGACGACCUGCUGUGUGAAAUGUGUGAGGACCUGGAGAACCAGAUCCAGAGCUCGGACAACAUGUCCGCCAAACAGACUCCUCCUAUCCGUCAGCCGUCGAGCAGGAGAGCGGCGCUGCAGCCGUCCAUCCGGACCUGGGACAACAGGCAGCCAGCCAAUCAGCAGCCAGCUCUCCAGACGGGUCGCACGCUGGCUGCCGUCCCGUCCUCUAACCUCACUGCAGGCGUUCGGGUGAAGGAGUCGUUCAGGUGCCCCUCGGGGUCCGGGAGCCUCAGCACAGCGGCGAGCAGCCGGCUUCAAUCAGCUGCUGCGGCGCCGCCGCGUCACGCCAACAAAGAGCAGUUCACCUUCAAGAAGCCAAACCACCCGGUGACCUCUGCACCCGGCCAAGCUGGGGGUAGAUGUUCGGCAGCAGAGAUCGAGCUGAAGAAGCUGCGGGCGAUGGAGAAAAGACGACAGCGACUGAACGCCGCUCAGAGCCUGGGAGCGCCGACGUGACAUCACAGCGCCGACGUGACAUCACAGCUCUGACGUGACAUCACAGCUCUGACGUGACAUCACAGCUCUGACGUGACAUCACAGCUCUGACGUGACAUCACAGCUCUGACGUGACAUCACAGCUCCGACGUGACAUCACAGCUCCGACGUGACAUCACAGCUCCGACGUGACAUCACAGCGCCGACGUGACAUCACAGCUCUGACGUGACAUCACAGCUCCGACGUGACAUCACAGCUCAGAAUACAGAUUUGUUCUUCUACAGAUUCUCUAAAACUCUAAUUUCAUGAUUCUUUUCUGUCAUUUAUUUUUGGAAUCACAACAUUUUGUUUAAAGAAAACUUUAACUUUUGUCUGUGUUAAGAUUCGUUUUCACUAGUGCUCAUUAUGAUGAGGACAUCAUUGAACUGCAUAGUUAGCUUAGCAUUAAGACUGGGCGCAGGGGAAGCCGUUAGCCUCGCUCUGUCUGUUAAGUUUAUCGUGUUGUGUUGAUUCCAAACACAAACUGAACCUUGUGGAUUCAGGUUCAGUUUGAAUAAUUUCUGCUCAGCGACUUGAGCCGGAGCCGGAACACGUUGACACCAAACCUGAGAAUCACACGGUGACGUCACGGCAGCAGGUCUACGUGAAACCCACAGGACGUUUGUUUCUGCAGAGAAGAAGAAACCAGACAGACUCAGAAAUGAAGGCUAAGCUAAGCUAGGCUAAGUUAAGCUAAUGAAACUGCCGACUGAUGCUGAAGGAAUCGACGAAUCACACGAUCAGCAGAUCUUGGAUGGUUUGGACUUCUUUAGUUGUACAUUUACACUCGUGAAGAAAUCAUUUUAUCUUUAGGUCUUAAACACUCACAUGAAACAGUCAAGAAUAUUUUAAAAGAUUCAUUUUAAAUAAA